AUGGCAUUUGCAUUUAUCCGAAAGGGAAAUUUAUUCAUCCUUAAUUUAACGACCAUUGCAAUACUUUGCUGCUACUUAGAGGCUGCAGAGGGUGAUUUUGAAGGAGGGCAAAACAUAGUAAAGGCUUUAUCAUGCUUUGAAAAUAAGCUUAUUUAUGCUGGUUGUGAUGCUUCAUAUAGAUUAAAUCCAUCUGGGAAUAUUAAGGUGCCACCAGAGGCUACUGAUUUUUUCUGUAGUGGACCAUGUCUCGCAGAAACACAGCUAAUGCUUGAUUGUAUUGACAACGUACUCUCCAGUUUCAUAUUCAACAACAAAGCAACAUUACAACAACUGAGAUAUGCACUCAAUGCUGGCUGCAGCUACUCUAGACAACGAGGGAACUUCAAUUUGGAAGACUAUAUUGGAGGAGAGAUAAACACGGCUCCAGGUGUACCUAUUUUGAUUAGAAGCUAUCUAUUCAUCGUUGCAGCGGCACUGGUUUAUUUAAUGUGA